AUUUGUUCUUUUUUAUCUCUUCUGGAAAGGAAGCCAGGAAGAAUAAUUAGACCAAAGAACUUUUGGCAAGGUUUCUCUCUCUCUCUUUUAUUUCUGUUUCUUUUCUCUAAAAACUUUCACCUGAAGUUAUCCAUAUCUGAUCCUCUUUCUCUGUUUUAUUAAGAUAUUUGGUGUAGUUUGAGAUUGGUAUGUUCUUUGAUUCAGCUUUGACCGUUGGAUCUUUCAGCUGCUGGGGUUAUUGAUUGGAUUUGCUUUCUGGGUUUUGAUUAUUUUUUUGGGGAUUGAACUUUUAAAGCUUUAGAGUUGAAAGAGCUGGUUUUUAGUGUUUGGGUUUAAUCAUUUUGCUUCUUUGGGUAAUGUGAAUUUUGGUCAGAAACUUAGAAGAGAGCUGGUAAGUGGCCUAAAGGGCAAAAAGAAAGAAAAGAAAAGAAGAUUGACUGGUAGAUAAAAGAGAAAAGACCUUAAAACAAAGCCCUUGAAGAAGAAGCAGAAAUAAAUGCUCUAGAGUUUUCACUUUUUUUUUGUCUAGUAGUUUGAUUCAAAGAGUUUUUAGAGUCAUGCCGGCUGACUUGGAUAAUUCCUCCGCUGCUUCCGGUGAAGCUAGCGUCUCUUCCACCGGUAACGAAAACCCGCCUCCGAAAUCCACCGUCAAGAAGAAGCGUAACCUUCCUGGAAUGCCAGAUCCAGAUGCAGAGGUGAUUGCUUUAUCUCCGAAGACUCUUCUAGCCACGAACCGAUUUAUUUGUGAAAUUUGCAAUAAAGGGUUUCAAAGGGACCAAAAUCUUCAGCUUCAUAGACGAGGCCAUAAUUUACCAUGGAAGCUGAGGCAGAGAACGAGUAAGGAAGUGAAGAAGAGAGUUUAUGUUUGUCCUGAGUCCACAUGCGUCCAUCACGAUCCAUCGAGAGCUUUAGGCGAUCUUACGGGAAUUAAGAAACAUUUCUGUAGAAAACAUGGAGAAAAAAAGUGGAAAUGCGACAAAUGUUCCAAAAAAUACGCUGUUCAAUCUGAUUGGAAAGCUCACUCUAAGAUUUGUGGUACUCGAGAGUACAAAUGUGAUUGUGGAACACUGUUUUCCAGGAGGGAUAGUUUUAUUAACCAUAGGGCUUUCUGUGAUGCGUUAGCAGAGGAGAGUGCUAGAGCUCAAACACAACCUCAGCCUCAGAAUCAGAAUCAGGCUGUGGCGAAUGCCAAUUCGGACUCCGACCUGAAAGUUCAGGCUGUGGAUUCAUCACCACCACCUUUGACGGCAUCGGCACCAUCACCACCACCAGUGCAAGCUCCAGCUCCAGCUCCAACUCCAACUCCAGCUGCACCAGCUCUGCCUCAGUCAACUAGUGUUGUAUCUUCUUCAGUUUUGCCAAUUCAAAGUUCUGAAUUGCCUGAAAAUCCCACUCCUAUUGUGGAAGAAGCUCCAGCUCCGGCACCAGUUGGUGUAAAUGGAAAUUGUAGCAGUAGCACCAGCUCAGUUAGCAAUGGUAACAGCAGCAGCAGUGUAUUUGCUAGCUUAUUCGCAUCCUCAACUGCAUCUGCGAGCUUACAACCUCCACAAUCUCCAGCUUUCACCGACUUAAUUCGAGCUAUGGGUGGACCAGAUUGUUCAGCUGGCCUUGCUCCAUCUACUUCUACCGAACCAAUUUCUCUAUGCCUUUCAACCAGCCAUGGCUCAUCAAUAUUUGGAACUGCAGGGCAAGAGCGCAGGCAGUAUGCACCACCGCCACAACCUACUAUGUCUGCCACAGCACUAUUGCAGAAAGCUGCACAGAUGGGAGCAGCAGCAACUAAUGCAUCCUUGCUUCGUGGUUUGGGUUUAGUAUCAUCAUCUUCAUCUUCUGCACAGCAACAUAAUUUGCAAUGGGGUCAGAGACAAGUUGAGCCUGACAAUGCCUCUGUUGCAGUAGGACUUGGACUUGGGCUUCCUUGUGAUGGAAGUUCAGGAUUAAAGGAAUUGAUGAUGGGAACUCCUGUAUUUGGUCCUAAGCAAGCUACUCUCGAUUUUCUUGGGUUGGGAGUGGCUGCUGGUGGCAGCCCCAAUGGUGGCCUGUCAGCUCUAAUGACCUCCAUUGGAGGUGGACUUGAUUUUGCUGCAGCAGCAACAUCUUUUGGAGGUGGAGAUUUUACCAGCAAGGACAUUGGAAGGAGCUCAUGACUUGGGAGAAAUAAGAACUAGUCUUCUCCAUUUGACUUUGGGGAAAAUAUGCCUUGUACAGCACCAUCUGGUAUAGAACUAUUUGGGGUUGCAGAAGAAAACGAUGGUUAUAUAUAAUUUGUUCUGCUGCCUUCCACUUGACAAUGGCGAAAAUGACUUUGUUGUGGCAGUAUAGCCUUUGUAGAAUAAGGUAAACUCAAAUAUCAGAUGUAUUAGGACAUUGGAUGUGUAAGGUUGCUCUAUCUGAAAAAAAAAACGAACAGUAACAUCUCUGUCAAGAGAUUUGGUUAGUGGAGGCAUUCUGACGUUCUUUGUGUCAGGUUUUUCAAUCUUGGAAACAUAGGAAAACAGCAGGUGGGGAUGUAUUUUGGCUAUUUAGAUUUGUAGCCGCAGGCAUAGACGGAUAUGUAGUGGAAAAUUAGCAGUAAAGUGGAAUACCAACCUGGACUGGCAAAUUGCUGAAAAUGGAAGGAAUUUGGUUGAUUCUGAUCAAUUGGCUUGGAUUAAGGUUCCACUUUGUUUGAACCAAACCAUUCUGUUAUUUAUAUUUUCAAUUAAUUUAAAUUUGUUUUGUUUAUUUUGUUUUUCAUUCUUUCUAAGCUUACAAAACUGUGCCUGGACACUUCUAGUAAAACUGUCUCACAAUUCCAUCAAUGGAAGAAAGGGAAACUUUGGAAAUGGGAUUGUGGGAAUGAACUCAAAUUCUGCCUGAGUUUCUUGUUGAACGUAAUGCAGUAAGGGUU